GGCACAAGUAUUAUGAAUUCCGUUUCCGGCCACGUUAGACUGAGGUGUACGAAGAAAUUUGUAAAAUUAGGAAAUAUUUUAUGUGGUAAUUUGACAUUAGUGAAUUUUAAUAAGAAAAGUUAGUUAAAUGUACAUUUGACCUUCCACUAAUAUGGAUUACUGGUCAGUAUGGACCUUACUAACAGUACUAUUAACUUACGUGUAUAUGUCGGGUGGAGUGGAAUUAACUUUCGAAUUGCCCGAUAAUGCUAAAGAAUGCUUCUACCAAGAAAUCCAAAAGAACGUGUCAUCAACAUUAGAAUUUCAGGUUGUUACAGGCGGCCAGUACGACGUAGAUGUUACGCUGGAGGCCCCAAACAAGGAAAUUAUUUACAGACAGACGAAAACGCAGUUUGACAGUUACAACUUUAUUCCAAAAAUGUCUGGCGUAUAUGUAGUUUGCUUCAGUAAUGAAUUCUCAACUUUCUCACAUAAACUUGUAUACAUGGAUUUUCAAGUGGGCGAUGAACAGCCGUUGCCCGGAUUAGGCGAACAUGUCACUGUCAUGACUCAGAUGGAGUCGUCGGCCCAAGAGAUACACAAGAGUCUGAGUAGUAUAAUAGACUACCAGACGCAUCACAGACUGCGUGAGGCGCAAGGUCGCAAACGCGCUGAAGACCUUAAUGAACGUGUCAUGUGGUGGUCAAUAUUGGAAACAUUAGCAGUUCUAAUUAUCACUGUCGGACAGGUGUUUGUGUUAAAAAACUUCUUUGCAGAAAAGAAACCCUCACAGAUGAACUCAAAAUAGUAAGAGUACGGUGCAUUCUGUGUACAUUAAAUUCUUGUCGAGAACAUUAUGUGCCCUUCCAGUUUCUAAGAAGUGAGUCUUGAAAUCUGUCACAGAGACCAAAAAUGUGUUUAGAUCAGUUUUGGGGGUGUUGUUAAAGUAAUGUAUGAGAAUGUGGAUGGAGGCAGUUUGUGAGGUUGGAGACUGCCAGUUUAGUUACUAUAAAUAGGGCAUCAUAUAGAGAAUAUAUCAGAAAGUACUUGAGUCAUGGGCUCCAGAAAUUGGUACGAGAGCCAGCAGCAGUGUAGCUUUGUCGUCUUUUGUUGUGUACGUUUUGAAUUGUUGGUUUUGUCCGUGUGAAAUUUGUUUGUUAGAAUUUUCCAUUUUUCUGCAUUUCCAUACUUAUACGAAUCCAAAAUUCUGCCAGUUUCAGGGAACGCUAAUAAUAAUGGAGGUACUGUGCAUAGUAAUUAGUAGAUUUGACUUCUUAACAGUGAGUUGUUAUGCAAAUGCAGAACUGUCUCAUGUGCUCUGUCUCCUAGAAGAAACCGAAUAGUGUAACAAUUUUGGCAUGUUUGGUCCCUUUCCUUUAACUCAAAAUAAAGGCAUAAGGUGUGGUUCAUUCUUUUCUAAAACUCUUGUCCCAAACAUUUUUCACACCAACAAAUAUUUAGCAGGAUGGGUUUCAUGUUUAACUACCUGUUUUCAUAUUUCAUGAUAAUUCACUCGGUGGUUUUCGAGUCGUUUGACACAUAUACAGAGCAGUUAUAAUAGGUGCUCUGCAAGAGAGAGAAGGCACAUGAAAGGUAUGCAGUUUGUAACAUUGUUUGUUUGUACUAAUGUUGGAUUUGCGUUCUGGAAAAAAAAAUACGAACACAAUGAUUGUGGAUUCUUAGAAGUAUGAAAUAUUUCUAUUUAAAUGAAAACUAAUUUAAUUUCUUUAAAUUUUAACAAUAAAAUUAUGCAGUACAAGUACACAUCAUAUGCAAGUUUAAAAAGGUAUGAAGUAAUAACAACAAUGCAAUUAGCUUCCGCUCACUUUAAUACGAAUUACUUGCAGACAAAUUGAGAAAGGCAUGGAGAAAUGUAAAUUAUUAUGUGGGUUCACAGAGGAGGAAUGUAAAGGGAAAAGGCACAGUUGUUUGAUUUUACCUUCUGCAUCCAUUUUGUUUUGGAACACAACCAUCACAUAAAUCAGGUAAUACCUGUACUAUUACUUUGUAGUGUGCAUUCUCAUGCAAGUGAUGUGUGUCUAUUGAUAUGUGUAAUAAAAAAUCUUGGCACAUGAU